UUAGGCCUGUCAUCCGCUGCAAUGCGCUGUGUGAAAAAAGGGUCCAGAGCGUCUAGCACUGGUGACACUCCAGACCCAACUUCGUAUAUCACAUAUAUCGCUCAUUGAUUUGAUUUUAAGACUUCAUCGGGCUGGUUUCGAUGGUUUCUACACGUUCUUGUCGUUCUUGAUACAGUUUUCUCCUUUCGUUCAAUUUUCAGGUUGCAGAGAUGGGAAUUAAGGGUCUACAGAAUGUAUGGGGGAAGAAGGGAGAUGCGGACGUGGCGAUUACGCCAGCCGUCGAAAGAGCUGACGACCACCUUGAAGCGCCAACCGGAUUGGAACAAAGCAAGCAGUCUUCUCUCAAGGCGAGAUACUCACGCUUCAAAGUAAUCUUUUUCGAAUCCAAAGCUGUGCGAAUAUCCUGUAUUGUACUUUUCGUUGCUCUGUUGGCGCUUUUGGUCGUAGUUUUGGCAUAUACACAGACUCGGCGGCGGCGGCCUAUCACGACUCAUCCCAGUACUGCAUUUGUUCAUACUCCAAUUCAGCCUGCUUCGUAUCCUUUGGCAGUACGAUCUCCGUAUCUUUCAACAUGGAUUCCAGGAGGCUUGGUCGCGAAUCUCCCAUAUGCCUCUCCUCAAUUCUGGACUGGUGCGACACUGGGAUGGAGUAUUAUGGCACGAGUGGACAACAUCACUUACAGUCUGAUGGGAGUUCCUCAGCCUGCCAAUGGGACUUUAGCUGCUAAAGUACUGAAGGGAGAAUUCACAUCGACACAUACUUACUUUACAUUGGAUGCGGGAGGAUCGAAUUUGACCUUGGAUUUUUUAUCGCCGGUGUCUCCAUCAAAUUAUCUUCGACAAUCAUUACCCUUCAGCUAUCUGACGAUUACGGCCUCAAGUACGAAUGGAAGCACUGUCCAAUUGUACACAGAACUCGACGAUUCAUGGACUGGUCAGGACGCCGACACAACAUGGAACUUCACUAGCACCACAAACACCUCGAUGUUCUCGAUGUCCGCUGUCGGUACCGCCACCUACUCACAACAAAACCAACAAGCACUUUGGGGAGAUGUGAUCCUUGCUUCGAGACCGUCAAACUCUUCCACACUGAGCAUUCAGGCAGGAGGCCGUGCGGCAGUCCGCCAAGCCUUCGCAAGCUCUGGGAGCUUGACUGGAACAACGCCAGACUGGACAGCCAAUGGAGUCAUCGGAAUGGCUCACGAUCUUGGUAACGUUCAAGGAGAUGAAGCUGUGACAUUUGCCGUGGGAUACGUUAGAGAGGAUGCCAUCAACUAUCUUGGAAGGCCAUACACGGGAUACUAUCGAGCAACAUAUCCGAACACAAUUGACGCUGCCUCAUACUUCUUAAACGACCUUUCAGCUGCCGAAGAAGAGUCUUUACGACUUGACUCCGAUGUCGUGAGCAAGUCAACAGCCACAGCAGGCUCCAAUUACUCGGACAUUGUCUCCCUGUCAAUGAGGCAAGCUUACGGUGGAAUUGACCUCGUAAUCCCCGCCAAUACAACCAAUACCAGUCAAGUCCUCGCAUUCAUCAAAGAAAUCUCCAGCGACGGUAAUGUCAACACCCUCGACGUGAUCUUUCCCGCAUUUCCCAUCUACUGGGCCAUGGAUCCAGAAUGGAUUCGGCUUCUUCUCGACCCAAUUCUCCAGUACCUUGCUACAGGAGCCUGGAAACGAGCCUGGGUAAUUCACGACAUUGGUUCCAACUACCCAAACGCAACUGGCCACGACAAUCAAGACGCUGAGCAGAUGCCUGUAGAAGAAACCGGGAACCUUAUGAUGCUGGCCUACGCUUACGUCCUCGCAAGCAACAACACAGCCUGGGCAGACCAAUACAUGACUCUCUUCCAAACCUACGCCGACUACCUAGUUUCCCACAGCCUCAACAUCUCUCUUCAGCUCUCAACCAACGAUGCCGCUGGCCCAUUGGUGAACGAAACCAACCUCGCCGUAAAAGGCGCUCUUGGGCUAAAAGCAUUCGGCCUUUUGUCAGGAAUGAGCAAUUAUUCCUCACUAGGCGAUGCGCAUGCGAAUCUUCUCUACACUCAAGGUCUCGCAACUGACGCCGCCAAAACACAUUUCGCACUAACCUACCCAUCCGCUCCAUCCACCUGGAAAGUAACCUUCAACCUCUACCCCGACGUCCUCCUCAACCUCUCCACCUUCCCCACCGCCGCCUACAAAAUGGAAGAUACCUUCUACCCCACCAUCCGCGCUUCCGGUGGCGUAGCCCUUGACGACCGUCAAUGGUGGGCGAAAUCCGACUGGAACAUCUGGGCAGCAGGGACCGCUUCCGCGUCGGGAAGCAACACGACUCGAGACAUGAUGGUGAAUGAUAUCUGGGCGUUUGCUAGUAAUGGGAUGAAUUCAGCGCCGUUCUCGGAUCGUUGGGUUGUCAGGGCUGCGGGGGCGCCGCGUCCCGUUGGGAGGGAGUUUGGGUUGAGGGCUAGGCCUACUGUUGGGGGACAUUUUGCGCUUUUGGCAUUGAAGGGGAUGAGGUAUUUGAAUUGGUGAUGUGCCUCCGUUCGUAGUGGUGAUCUUGUACUUGACAAAAGCGGUUUGGCGCUCUGGAGUUUUGGGAGUAUUGAUUUCGUGGGAAAUAGAGGACGGUGAAAAGACGGCAGAGUAGAAUAUAUGGGCCUACGAAUU